UUUAAAACCAGCCACUGCUCUGAGCUUGACAUACAUUUCUAAAGACACAGCCUGUAACCUGAACUUUUAUGAAAAUUGUGUCUUUUGUGAGAAAAAUGCAUGAAGGCGCUGAUUUGGUUUCAGGAUGUGGUUAUUUGAUCUGUGAUAAUCAUCCGCUGAGGUGACCAUGUGUCACCACUCUCUACAUAUCAUCCCCAUCACCGUCCUGUGUCCCCGGUGCCACAGACACUGGCUAAACUAAUAUGAUCACGAGCUGUGUAACAAAACAUCUUUAGGUAAAAAACUUGAUUGACGCAUGGGAAGCACCGCCCCCGCCGCUCUGUGAUUGGAGCAGCGGCUCCGGAGGUGUAGCCAGUCACAUUGUGGUAUAUAUUGGCACCGCUUCGUCUCCAAGCUGAUGAUUUGUAUGGGAACCAGGACUAAGGUGGGACGAGCCGACUGAAUGUAGUCGUUGUGUUUAGAAGAAAGAAAGAAGGCCCACAUUUUUCCAUUUGUAGCGAUCGGACAGCAGCACUUUGGGUUUUUAGCAGCAGGCUGUCUGAGGAUACUGAGAGCAGCCUCCAGAAGAAGGUGGAUUCUUCUCUCAGCCAUCUUGACUGCUGCUCGCCGCCCUGAAGGCUGUUUUCUCCUCUCCUCCUCCUCCUCAGCCGAAAGUAAACACGGCUUGCACAUUGCUUGCAACUCCGUGCAAGAUCCUGAGAGAAGCGAGAUGGGCUCGCUGCGCAACAUCUAAUCGGACUGGAGCCAAAGGCAGACGGCUGAGAGGAUUUAUUGCUGUUUGUACCAGAGCAGAAGAGGGGGACGCGACGCGCCGGAGAGAUGGACCUGUUUGGGAUUUACCUGCUCCUCUCACUCGCUCUCCUGCCCCGAUCCAGCUGCACCACGGCCAAGGAGAUCACCUGCCAGGAGAUAGCCGUGCCUCUGUGUAAGGGGAUCGGUUACAACUACACCUACAUGCCCAACCAGUUUAACCACGACACGCAGGACGAGGCGGGACUGGAAGUCCACCAGUUCUGGCCUCUGGUCGAGAUCCAGUGUUCACCGGACCUGAAGUUCUUCCUGUGCAGCAUGUACACCCCGAUCUGCUUGGAGGACUACAAAAAACCUCUCCCGCCGUGCCGGAGUGUGUGUGAGAGAGCCCGGGCCGGCUGUGCUCCUCUCAUGAGGCAGUACGGCUUUCCCUGGCCGGACAGGAUGAAGUGUGACCUGCUGCCGGUGCAGGGCAACCCCGACACUCUGUGUAUGGACUACAACCGAACCGACUCCACCACAGUCUCCCCCGUCCUCUCAAAACCCACCAACCACCCCGGCAAGGGUUACAGUCCACCUAAAAAUAAGCCUGGCAGACCCGGCGCGCCUGGGAAAUACAAGCCGCCUGCCGCACCGUGUGAGCCGGGGUGCAAGUGUUUGGAACCCAUGGUGCCAGUGAACACGGACCGCCACCCGCUUUACAACCGUGUCAAAACGGGACAGAUCACCAACUGCGCCAUGCCGUGCCACAACCCCUACUUUACGCACGACGAGAGAGCGUUCACCGCCUUUUGGAUAGGACUUUGGUCCGUGUUGUGUUUCGUGUCAACUUUUGCCACCGUCGCCACUUUCCUCAUCGACAUGGAGCGCUUUAAGUACCCAGAGAGACCCAUCAUCUUCCUCUCAGCGUGUUACAUGUUCGUUUCAAUCGGCUACAUCGUCAGACUCAUCGCAGGGCACGAGAAAGUAGCGUGUAACCGGGAGUUCGACGUGGAACACAUCCACUAUGAGACCACCGGCCCCGCACUCUGCACCGUGGUCUUUCUCCUCAUUUAUUUUUUCGGUAUGGCCAGCUCCAUCUGGUGGGUCAUCCUGUCCCUGACCUGGUUUCUCGCGGCCGGGAUGAAGUGGGGCAACGAGGCGAUCGCCAGUUACUCCCAGUACUUCCACCUGGCCGCCUGGCUCAUCCCCAGCAUGAAGUCCAUCGCCGUCCUGGCGCUGAGCUCAGUUGAUGGGGACUCGGUGGCUGGCAUCUGCUACGUGGGGAACCAGAACCUGGACAAUCUGCGGGGCUUCGUUCUGGCCCCUUUGGUGAUUUAUUUAUUCAUAGGCACUAUGUUCCUCCUGGCCGGAUUUGUGUCCCUGUUCAGGAUCCGCAGCGUCAUUAAACAAGGCGGCACCAAAACUGACAAACUGGAGAAGCUGAUGAUUCGGAUAGGCAUCUUCACAGUGCUCUACACUGUGCCAGCAACUAUUAUAGUCGCCUGUUACUUUUACGAGCAGCACAACAGGCAGACCUGGGAGAUCACACACAACUGCUCCAACUGUUUAUUAGAGCGGGACCGCAGGAGUCCGGACUAUGCAGUUUUUAUGUUAAAGUACUUUAUGUGCCUUCUGGUGGGCAUCACGUCCGGAGUGUGGAUCUGGUCUGGUAAAACUUUGGACUCUUGGAGGACUUUCUGCACCAGGUGCUGCUGGGGCAGUAAAGGCACCAGCGGCUCCAUGUACAGCGACGUGAGCACCGGACUGACGUGGAGGUCAGGCACAGCCAGCUCCGUGUCGUGCCCCAAGCAGAUGCCAUUGUCCCAGGUUUGAAUGAGAAAACAAAAGCAGCUUAUGAGGACUGCUAAUUGUUUGGGAGAUAACCCAUCACUCCCCGUCUUAAGCAAUUUGCAUAGUAAUGAACUGCUGCUGAGGUGUCCCCCUCCUUCCUCCCAUCAUCCACACACACCUCUGUGGGGAGAAGUGGUUGAAACAAUGUACCUGGCAUUCACACAGGUUAAUUCCUGCCUGUUCAUAUGUAUUAGAGAUACAGGCUGAGGCUUUUUACGCAAACUGGGCAUUACUUGUUGUAGGCAGAAAGACAGUUUCGUUCCUAAUUAGCUUCGUACAAAGAGCAUUUGGGUUUUUAUUACCAUUUUAUCUACAUAGUGCCAGAUAACAUUGUAUAAUUCAAUCACAUCAAAGAUAGUUUAAAUUAAGCCUUAAUAGUGCCCAAGUAUUUUACGGGUCAUUCAUUUUGUAAUUUCAAAUGUAUUUAUAUAAAGCUUAUGUAAAAAUGUGUACAUUUGUGUAUAAAAGAAAACUUUAUAAGCUAUUGUAAAUUUGUACAAAGUGUAGAUGUCUCUUUUUUUGAGAAAGCAAAUAUGACCUUUAUUUUGACAAUAAAACAUCUGAUAAA